UUUUCCGUCGCAUUGGUUUCCAGUGCUUUUCAGUGAGAAUUCUCUCGAGAUUUUUCCAAAAACAUGAACAUGAAAAAAGUGAAAGAGAAGUUGUCAAGCCCCUGGAUAGCUUUUGCUUUGAAUCUUCUACUUUUGAUCGUCUUCCUGGCUCUGGUGACUGUCCACAUUAAAAUGACGAUUGACGUGGCACCAGUCUUCAAAUCCGAUGAUCCACUGCCCCGUGGAGAUCCCGAUCAAAAACCUGCAACAAUUGACUCUGAAACUCAGACAGUGGACGAGCCCAGGAAUGUGUGUGAAAGUCCAGAAUGUAUAACUCUUGCUCACGAACUGCACAACUACAAAGACCCGUCAGUGGAUCCGUGUCAGGAUUUCUAUCAACAUUUCUGUGGGAAAUUCUAUGAGCAUUCGGCAAUCGGUCAAGGCAGAAUGGCCACUAAACGUUCUACACUUUCCAAGUUGAUUCGAGAAUUUCUCCUCAAAAACAAGACGUCGACUUCAAAAUCUGAAAAUACUAUGAAACAAGUGUAUGCGAAGUGUCGAGAGUUGCAAAAGAUAUCUGAUCUUAAUUCUAUUCCGCCACAGGCCCUUUUGGACAUUUUCAGUGAUAUUAAGAAGAUCGGCGCCUGGCCUGUGUUGGAUAAGGAUUGGGAUGGAUCCAAGUUUAAUUUGAAUGAGAUGCUCCGGCAAUUGGUAAACCUCGGAGAAACUCAUCUUGGAUUUUUCCAUUUUGAUUUCAUCGCGAGACCUUAUGUACUAAUUAAGCCACCUCUGAAGCAAGGAGUUCAGAAAUCUGUUCUAGAAAAAGUGGUAAAGAUGAUUCUUGAAGCCAACGAAAUUAAAAUGGAUCAAGGAUUUUCAGAAGAUUUGGACGAAUAUUUUGAACUUUCAAAUAGGAUCAAAAUUGAUAAAUUGCCCAGAACUUCGCGUUCGAUAGUAGGUUUGUUGCCGGAUGUUCGAAGGAUCAACUUCCGGGGUCUUAUUUUGGAGAUGAUGCCUCGGAGCAAAAUGAAUAGGUUCCUUGGAACAUUAUUUCAAAAAGUCGUCACCUACCAUCAUCCUUUGUUCGUGAGAGAUAAUGAGACAAACCAUCUGGACACUAUAAUUCGAUCUACAUCUAACCGAGCUCUGGCCAAUUAUUUGAUCUUUAAUUUCAUCCACUCCUCUAUCAAAUUUCUAACGUUCGGAUUAAAAAGUGACAGAGAAAGAUGCGAAAAAAUUGUCGUACAAGAGCUACCACGCCCGUCACUUCGAGUUUUCAUGCGAAACUGUGUUGAUAAGGGAAACCGUGAAGAAGUGGCCAAGCUGACAGAAACAGUGAAGGAAAAUGUACUGGAAAUGAUUCGGGAAUCAGACAGCUUCACACCAUCAGUCAAAAAAAGAGUUUUGAAAAAAGUGGAAGCAAUCGGAGCAAUCAUUGGUUAUCCAGAUCAUUUUGAUCCGCCAGGGACGUUGGACAAAGAAUACGAAAAUCUCACUCUGGACGCUUCUGAUUCUUACUACAAAAUGUCCCAAAAACUUCACCAAUUGCGUCUUCAACAUCAAAUGGAAUUCCUUGCCGGGCAGACACCUCUCAGUCCAAGUGACCAAGUUCUUGAAGUGAAUGCUCAUUACGACAGCAAGGAUAAUGCUCUGACUGUUCUUGCUCCAUUCCUCGACGAUCCAUUCUUCGAUUCGACGUAUCCCGAAUAUGUGAACCUCAUCUUUACGGGAUUCCUCAUUGGACACGAGUUUGGUCACUCUAUUGAUCCAAAAAUACUGAGAAGAGAUGGAUGGUAUAAAACCGAAGAUAUGACUGAAUAUGGGAAACGAGCUCAAUGUCUGAUAGAUCAAUACGAUAACUAUGAUGAUCCGGAUCACGGAAAACAGAUGAAUGGAACAUAUUGUAUCGGUGAAAUUGUUGGUGAUUGGGUUGGACGUGAUGUGACCUGGAGGGCUUUUAAGAAAAUGGAUCUAUCGAAAAUGCAGAAGCUGAUUGGAUUUGAGGAUAAGAAUUUGGACCAGCUUUAUUUUAGAAUUCAGUCUCUGUUCUUCUGUGGUCCUCGCAGUAUGAAGAGUUUGGAGCAGCUCCUCAGUGAUCCCCACCCAACUGAAGUUUUCCGUGUCAAUGGAAUCUACUCAAAUAUGCCACAAUUUGCGAAGGCGUUCAAUUGUCCGAUUGGGUCGCCUAUGAACCCGGAGAAGAAGUGUAAAAUGUUCUGAUCCUCAGCUCAGUUUUGAUUUAGUAUGAAUUGAUUUUCU